AUGAACGGGCUACUGGACCUACCAACAGAAAUUAUCCUGGCGAUAGUGGAUCGCGUACCUCCAAACUCCCUUUUUACUCUAUCUUUGACAUGUCGCUUGCUCAACUAUCUGUCCACCUCGGCGCUUCUUGAACAUUGCGGAAUCCGAGAUCCUACCAACUGCACUUUCGAUCUCUACGCCAUAGAGGGCCAGUCUGAUGCCUUGUCUGCCUUACAAGCCGGUCUUCAUAUCCAGCAGAUGAAGUUCCUUCGAUGCAACUUCCAACUUUCAGGGCAUCAUCCUCAGUGGGGUUGGCCCGUUGCCGAACUUAUACGUCGGCUGCAUCACCUGAUGCUACGAUUGGCCUCGAUUGAUGAAGUUGUCCUUUUUUUCAGUAUGACCGGGUUGGAUGGUGCUCGCGACAUGUACCUAGAAUCUGGGGUUAUUGUCCUACAGAACCUGCUCAACACAGCAAUCACAAAGUGCAAAAUCCUUCGCCUCAUGAAUGCAGACUCUUUUUUUGGAAACAGUUACUUAUUCAGUCCGCUGGAUACUAGUGGUUUCAGUAUCACUCAAGGACUCCAGGGACACGCCUAUCGCAAUGAUUCGCCAGAUUGGCAGUAUAGGAGGAACGGCAGUGAGGGAACUCGACCAUUCCUUACUUGCUCUCCUGCGGCUUUGCAGCAAAUUGCACUUAGCAGCAUGGAAAUUGAUGCCUUGAGCCUUUUCACUCCACCCUGCUCCAGCUGGACGUUCACCGUGCUGAAGCAAUCUCGAAUCACAUCGCUCACGCUCAACUUGACGUGGCCUAGGUCAAUAUAUUCACAAGCCGAACGCUCCCUCAUACUCUAUCGAUUAGCAGAAGCCCUCCAGGCUUCACUUAAGUCUUUGUUCCUCAAGGGCGUAACGUACCUUUUCGACGCUCUUGGUUUCAUCGCCCAAUUACCACUCCUUCAGACGUUUAGCGUUCUACCUUUGACAUGGAAAGCAAGCCCUUCCGGCGAGGGAUUGACUAUCACAUCUUUUCCCGUCUUCCUGACUAUGGAAACGAUCUCUGCCCCCGCAGACUUGGUUUUCUACAUGUUUUCUAGGUCUUUGAUUGUUCCGAGGCUUAGAACUAUAUUUUUGACUUUCGAACUCAAAAGGCAUGGGUUGUUGUUUGAUAUUACGACUACCGCCACCUCCAUCGCCCGACUUCGUGAAUUUGUCCGGCCCAGCGUGAAGCUUCUCCCGUUGUUCCACGUCGAAACGGUGGAGGAAUCUCUUUGCGCCGGAAUUCGACCAAUCUGCCAUAUAUGGAAGAAGGAAUUUUCCAGGUUGACAACUUUGUCUUUGAAUGGCCUAACAGCCCUAUUAGACAGUCCCGACACAUUCCGAGUCAUUUUGGGAGUAUUGACACUGUUCUCUAAGCUAAAAGAGUUGUGUAUUGAACUUAGGACAAACUACGAAACCCCUCCCAUUCCUAUGAACCUAAAGAGUUGGAUGGUCGAGGCCAUCUUAGAUCGAUCUCCAACCGUCACAUCUAUUUCCUGCAACGGAACAGCCCAAAUAAUAACUCCCCGCCAAACCAGCCCUCGCCUUGCCCCCAGCACUUACUUUCAGCGUUCAAGAGAUCUUGCAGGCAUUCAACGGACCUUGAGAAUUUCCGCUUCUGCCGAGCUCAAGAGAAGAGGGACCAUCAGACUCGGUCUCAUCGCUUACCGCGAUCACCCAGUGACGCCCAAGAGAUUCGUGACGAAGAGUACCGCCGACCAGCCGGUCAUGAAGGGGAAUUUGGACGGGCUCGUCGCGUCUUGUGGAGGUGAUGGGCCGGAAGCGCAAACUGCUGCCCUAGGAACUUAA